UAAAAGUUUUGUACGUUUGCACGGCUUUUAUGUACGGACGGAACGUUACGGACGUGGCUGGGACGCUGACGCGGCACUUUGCCACGUCACCCGGCCUUCUUCUAGGGUUUUACGAUCUGGAGCUCGGCGAGUGGCGAUUCCAUCCAUGGCGGAGGAGGGCCAGCCGCAGCAAAACUACUCGAAUCCACUCACGGCGUUCUUCCACGUCGUCUUCAAGGGAUCCGCGAUCGCAUUCUACAUCCUCUGCUCCUUCUUCGUCAGCAGCUUCAUCAUCCAGUUCGUGGUCACCGUCCUUUUGGCGGCGCUGGAUUUCUGGGUGGUGAAGAACGUGAGCGGUAGAAUCCUGGUGGGGCUGCGCUGGUGGAAUGAGAUCGAUGACCAAGGCGAGAGUGUGUGGCGAUUUGAGUCGCUGGAUCAACAGUCUCUGGAGAGGCUCAACAAGAAGGAUACAUGGCUCUUUUGGUGGACGCUCUACAUUGCUCCUGGGAUAUGGCUAGCUCUGGGCCUUGUCGCGCUCAUUAAGUUCAACUUCGACUAUCUACUGAUCGUGGGGAUUUGUCUCACGCUCGGAGUUGCCAACAUCAUCGGAUUCACCAAAUGCCGGAGAGAUGCCAAGAAGCAAAUCCAGUCGCUUGCUUCUCAAGUCGUGACGGGUCAUAUGGCAUCCAGGCUACAAAACGCUUUCAACUUUUAGAAGAAUCAGCACAGAAAAAGUUUUGUACACUGCCCGACUCGCAGGGAAUGGAAAUUCUUUUCUCUAGAGAAGUAUAAACGCAUUUCCGCUGUU